AGGGCUGCCGUUACUCUAAAAUAGUUGGGUUUGGGGAAAAUUUCGCUUUCAUUUCAUUUAGAUGGUAUUCUGUUAUUGUUUGUUUACUUGAAAGAAAGUGGUAAAAUAGUUAGCCUAGCUAGUGUGGCUGGCUAGCUCAGCUAGCUAGCUAAAUUGGACCAACAGUCUGGAAAACGGCGCGGCCCGCACAGUCAUUAGCCGCUGUGCAGUGAGAGUCGACAGCUUUCUUGGUGACAGAGACUUCUCCCUGAGGAGCCAGGAAGGAGACGGCUCAUGACUUCUGACCAGGACACGAAAAUUGUAGCUGAACCACAGGUGCAGCAAGUACAAGAAGCAAAAGAGAGCUCUCACCUGGACUCCACAAAGGUUUCUGAUCUGAACCCAAACGCCAAAGUAUGGCCCAGUCACAUGCUUAAUCUGAACCCCGCCGGCGCCGCCGACACCAGCACCCCCAAAACAUGGGGGGAUGGCCCAGACAGCUCAGCCGACCCCUGCACAGAAGGGUACGAAGCGGACGAUGACGGAGAUGGGCGGAGCGAGGAGCCCCCAUCGCCCGACCCAGACCAGCCUCCCCCAGCGGUUUUGACGGACCCGCCGGAUAUGAGCGACUGUCCCCCCGGGUGCCCAGAGACCCCCUGCCUGGAGCUGGAGUCGGGGUCUGAGUGCAGCCAGACGGGAGGGGGUGACUCCCAUCCCCCCAACCCUCUCGAGGAUCUUCGGGAACACCUGAAGAAGACCCUGGAGUUCUGCCUGUCCAGGGAGAAUCUGGCCAGCGACAUGUACCUGAUCUCGCAGAUGGACAGUGACCAGUACGUCCCGGUGACCACGGUGGCCAACCUGGACCACGUCAAGAAGCUCAGCACUGACAUGGAUCUGAUCGUGGAGGUUCUAAGGUCUUUGCCUUUGGUUCAAGUGGAUGAAAAGGGCGAGAAGGUCAGGCCCAACCAGAACCGGUGCAUCGUCAUCCUACGGGAAGUUCCCGAGUCCACUCCCAUCGAGGAGGUGGAAGCACUUUUUAAAGGGGAGAACCUACCUAAAUUCAUCAACUGUGAGUUUGCCUACAACGACAACUGGUUCAUCACCUUUGAGUCAGAAGCUGACGCUCAACAGGCCUAUCAAUACCUCAGAGAAGAAGUGAAAACAUUUCAAGGGAAAUCCAUUAAGGCCAGGAUAAAGGCGAAAGCCAUCGCCAUCAACACUUUCCUGCCAAAGAACGGCUACCGGCCGGUGGACGCCAGCGCAACAACACAGCAGCGCUACACCUCCUUCUACAUGCCCCCCGUCUACAGCACGCAGCAGCAGUACCCCCUCUACAGCCUGAUCAGCCCCCAGGCCUGGGCCACCACGCACAGCUUCCUGGACCCUGCUCUGGUGACGCCGUUCCCCAGUGCUGGGUUCAUAAACGGCUUUCCCUCGUCUCCCAGUUUUAAGCCGGCCACCUCACCCCUGACUGUUAGGCAGUACUCCCCCAGAAACAGGAAUCACAGCAAACCUCACCUACGGCCCACGAUGCCAAGCGCAGACCGCAGCUCGGGCCUUCUGGAGAGCCCCGCCAUCUUUAACUUCCCGGACCGCGUGCUGAACGGCGUGCGUGGCCCGCAGACCCGGCCGCCAGGCCAGAACAGGACCAGGCUACCCAGCGCCAUGACCUACCCCAGACGGGACGGCGGGACCGGCCGCGUGGAGCCCAGCAAUGCCGACUUCUCCCCCAGCAUGGGGCGGGGAAGGAAAAACAUCUAUGGCUAUCGGAAGAAGAGGGAGGAUAAGUUUACAAGAGCCCCCACGCAGUCGCCCCCGCCCCCGCAAAAGCCCCCCUCCCCAAGCUUCGAGCUGGGGCUGUCCAGCUUCCCCCCCCUGCCCGGUGCCGCAGGGCAGCUCAAGACCGAGGACGUGUUUGAGAACAGGCUGUCGAGCAUCGUAGCAGGAACCACAAAGGACAAGAUUGUACACACAGACACCAGCACCAACGCCACUCCAGCAGGGAUCCCCAAAGAGCCAUCUCCGACUGUUAUCGCCCCGCCCCCCAUGAGUCCGGACCGCCCCCCCUCUCCGCCCUGCUCCCCCGGGGAGCCGAAUGUCCAGGAGGCAAAGCAGAGGGAGACCCAGCCCCCCAUGGAGAGAAUACCCGCACCCCUCGUCACGACAAGCAAAUCGGUCCAGGUGAACGGUGCCCCUGCGGAGCUGCGAAAGCCCAGCUAUGCCGAGAUCUGCCAGAGGAUCAUGAAGGACGGCCCACCGACGCAGCCGCAGAGAGAGCCCCGGCCGGCCCCCGCCCCUGCCCCCGCCACGCCCGAUGCCCCGGGGGAGAGGGCGGAGCCCAAGUGCAGAGAGGCGUGCGCCGCCAAGGCCGUCCCGGGCUGGCCCAGGGAGGCGAAAAGACCAGCCGGGCGGCGGCCGUCCCCACCGCCAGCACGCCCCAACAACGAGCCCGGCACCCACCCCAAAUCCCCGCGGUAACCGGCGCUAGGGACGAGGCUGGGCCAAAACCGAGAGAGCACGAGGGCCAAUCGAUACUCCCC